UGUACCUCUUAUAUGUUUAUUGAAGAAAACUCAUAAAAUAUUUGCAUUUUGAGAAAAUCUGGAAUUAUGAACUCAACAUGAAGCUGCCAUAUUUUAAAGUGCAUGGUAGUGAGACAUCAGAGUGUCAGUGGUCCUCUCCCUGUAUGAUUUUUAUGCAUUAGUUGUCCAUCAAAUCUUUAUAUUAUGAAUGUGAUCACACUGUUAGGGAACAGAACAAUCAUGGAGACCUUACUCUCAGUGUAAAUCUGAGUAAAUGUAGUUGUAGAGGCAAAAAGACGCCCAGUAGAGCUGAUUUUAUGGUGCCUGCUGAAAGUAAGCAAGAGAGAGAAACUACCUGGGUGAGCAGUCCCAGCUGUUGAUUCUGCACAGCGUUAUGUACCAUGAUUCACACCUGUUUUGAUCUUUUUUAUAUCCUAACGUCUCAGUGAUCAUUUGAACCUUUCCCUUUUCAUAUGCUAAUAAACACGGAUUUGUGUUCAAUAGUGUUGCAUUAAUAAAGCAGACCUUUACCUUUACCUUUACCUGUUCCCUAUGAUGAAGCGCCUUUUCAAGUCAUUAGUCCCUGAGGAAAGUCCUUGGACUGGAAGCAAAAUACAUCAUAGGGAUGUGCUUCAAUGACUUAGCAGCUUUUCCCCCCAUUGGUACAGUGAUGUGCUUUUUCCAACAAAAUACCUCUGCUAAUCUGAAAUGAAUGUUCACACUUACAUCUUUAUGCAUCUAUGAGAUACCUGAAGAGCUUUGAAGUGGUUUCAUUGUUGGAAUUUAAAAAUACACCUCCAUAGAUUGUUUUUAUUGCACUUUUAAAUCAACCUUUUUUGUGCAUAUUCAUUUUUUGCAGCUACAUUAAACCCUAAAUCUCUUUCUCUCUUUUGUUUCUCUGCCAAAUCAUCAAGUCCUGUCAUAUAAUCCAUCUCACAGCCUCUAAUUACAUGUGAUGUGAAAGUCCUGAUCGAUACUUUCCGUCAGGCCGUGCUAAAUACAAAAAUCAAUAUGCUGCUGACUGUUGGACUGGGGCAAGAGGAAGAGGGGCUGUGAGCCAUCCGAGUCCAGUCUGUGACCUCUGACCUUAGCAGAAUGAGUACUGUGGAGAUACCGGCUGGGUUGAGGGAGCUGCUGCAGGGAUACACAGUGGAGGUGCUUCGCCGCCGACCCCCAAACUUGGUUGAAUUUGCAGUGUACUAUUUUACAAAAAUUCUAGAACGUGAAAAAAAUGACCACAGGAGCAAGAAACGCAGCUCCAAAGCUGCACGGAGAGGAGUGACCUUUGAAGCAAAGUCAAAGAAGGAGGAAAAGGAAAAGGAGGAGGAGAAAGACACUGUCAGUGAGUACUUUUAAUCAACAUCAAGUAAAUCCAACCGCAGAGUUUCAGUUUGUGCUGAGCCAUACAACCCUGAUGAUGACGUUGACGACGGCCCAGGGCCUCGGGUUGUACACCCCAAAACAGAUGUGCAGCGUCGCCGACUUCAGGAUGCCUGCAAAGAUAUUUUACUUUUCAAAACACUGGAGCCGGAGCAGUUCUCAGAGGUGCUGGAUGCCAUGUUUGAAGUGUUUGUCAAACCUCAGGAGCACAUCAUCGACCAAGGAGAUGAUGGAGACAAUUUCUACGUUAUCGAGAAGGGUGUAUAUGACAUCUUUGUGGAGAAGGAUGGAGUGAACAUUUGUGUGGGAAAGUAUGACAAUAAGGGCAGUUUUGGUGAGCUGGCUCUCAUGUACAACACACCAAGAGCUGCUACCAUUGUUGCAACACAGGAGGGCGCUCUGUGGGGGCUGGAUAGAGUCACAUUUCACAGACUUAUUGUUAGGAAUAAUGCCAAGAAGAGGAAGAUGUACGAGGCCUUCAUUGAGUGUGUUCCUCUUCUGAAAUCUCUUGAGCUCUCUGAGAGGAUGAAAAUUGUUGAUGUUUUGGGAGUUCGAACAUUCAAAGAUGGAGAAUGCAUAAUAAGACAGGGGGAUGAGGCUGACUGUUUCUACAUUGUUGAAUCAGGAGAGGUGAAGAUCAUGAUUAAAAGCAAAACAAAGGAAGGCCAGCAGGACAACACGGAGGUGGAGGUGGCUCAUUGCACUCGGGGGCAGUACUUUGGGGAGCUGGCGCUGGUCACCAACAAACCUCGGGCAGCAUCAGUUUAUGCUGUGGGAGAAACUAAAUGUUUAGUUAUCGAUGUACGAGCUUUUGAGCGUUUGCUGGGACCAUGUAUGGACAUCAUGAAGAGGAAUAUUUCCCAGUACGAGGAGCAGCUGGUAGCACUGUUUGGCUCCAGUGUAGAUUUAAAACACUAGGAUGUGCAUUUUUGAGGUCAAGUAUUUUAGAAUAACAUAAUUGUAGAAGAUAUAAACAAUUCUUCCCUCUGAUUUAAAUGUAGCAUACGGCUUCCUCUGGUUUAUAUUCAAUGUAUUUGUCUUCUUAGUUAAAACAUAUUCACCUCAGUUAAAGGCAAAACAAUCUUGUGGUUAAAAAUGUCACUUCAAGCUGCAAGAUCAAAGUUGUGAUGAAGAGCAAGCUAGAAGCUUUCUUAAUGAUAAAAAAAAAAUCCAUUUCAGAUUCCCACUCUUUUUUCUGACUUGUAGUCUUUGCAUUACACAUUUUGCUGCCACAAAAAGCCUCAUGUUUUAGAGAUAUUUUGGUAGUUCAACAUCUGAUAAUAUAAAGUGACUUAUUUUUUCCACAUUAGUUUUGAAAUUUCAAUUAAAUCUCAAAACUAAUAAUCAGAUUUAAUAUGAAUAAAUACUGACCAUUCAAUAAAUCACCAGCUACUCAACUGAGGCAUGAUUCCUCAGGAUUUAUUUAACAUUGUUUUCCAAGCCAGUACAGGCUUAUGUUUGAUCUUUUUUAAAACACAAAAUUUGUUUACUCAUCUGGUCAGGCAUGGUGUGAUGAUCCAAAAAAAACUAAACAAGUGUUUCCCUUUUACUAAUUGCUCUUAGCCAACCUUUGGUUGUUUACUUAAAACUGCUGU